AUGCCUCCCAAGUCCGGUAAGAAGGUGGCACCCGCCCCUUUCCCUCAGGGAAAGGCUGGCUCCAAGAAGGCUCCCAAGAACCCCCUUCUUGAGCGCAAGCCCCGCAACUUCGGCAUCGGCCAGGACAUCCAGCCUCGCCGCAACCUGUCCCGCAUGGUGAAGUGGCCCGAGUACGUCCGUCUUCAGCGCCAGAAGAAGAUCUUGAGCAUGCGCCUCAAGGUGCCCCCUGCGAUUGCCCAGUUCCAGCACGUCCUCGACCGCAACACUGCCGCCCAGGCUUUCAAGCUCCUCAACAAGUACCGCCCUGAGACCAAGGCCGAGAAGAAGGAGCGCCUCGUCAAGGAGGCCACUGCCAUCAAGGAGGGCAAGAAGAAGGAGGAUGUCAGCAAGAAGCCCUACACUGUCAAGUACGGUCUGAACCACGUCGUUGGUCUCAUCGAGAACAAGAAGGCUUCUCUCGUCCUGAUCCCCAACGACGUUGACCCCAUCGAGCUGGUCAUUUUCUUGCCCGCUCUUUGCCGCAAGAUGGGCGUCCCCUUCGCCAUUAUCAAGGGCAAGGCCCGUCUCGGUACUGUUGUUCACAAGAAGACCGCCGCUGUCCUCGCUCUCACCGAGGUUCGCUCUGAGGACAAGAACGAGCUGUCUAAGCUCGUCUCUGCCAUCAAGGAUGGCUACAUCGAGAAGACCGAGCAGGCGAGAAAGCAGUGGGGUGGUGGCAUCAUGGGUGCCAAGGCACAGAAGCGCACCGAGAAGAAGAGGAAGGCGCUUGAGACCGCUAUCAAGGUCUAA